AUGUUGACCGAAUACGAGCGAAAGCGCGAAGCGCGGAUCGCGCGCAAUCGCGCGAUCCUCCUCGCGCUCGUGGGCGACCUCCCGAACGCGCUGACGACGACGCCCUCGCCGCCGCCGCGCGCGAGGGUGAAGGCGAAGGAAAAGCGUGCGCGAAUCGCGAUCGACCUGGAAGACCUGCGACGGUCGGACCGCGUUCGACGCCUCCCCGCGCGCGUGUACACGACGUUCGAGCGCGACGAGGAUCUGGGCGACGACGCCGCGCGACGACGCGCGGCGAGCGACCUGCCGAAACCGAAACCGAAACCGAAACCGACGCGCGUCGCCGCGGUCGCGACCGCGUCCGCGAAGGCGAAGUCGCCCGCGGCACCGCCGGCGAAGGGGGGCAUCAAGACGCUCGUCGUGCGCGCGCGCGCGUUCGCGGCGAAUCACCUCGGCGCCUCGAUCGGCGACGGCACCGGCGCGAAGAAAGCGGCGGUGAUUCACGCGCUCGCCGCACCGCGUCGCGACGCGCGAUUUUCAAAGUACAGCGGCAUUCAGGAGUUCAAAAACGUCGUGUGCCUGUUCGUCAACGUCGGGGAUAAGAACGGUAAUGCGUACGACAACGUCUUCACGCACGCGGGUGGAAGGAUCACGUGGUUCGCGCAGCCACGGCAGACGGAGGCGACGCCCGUGAUCGAGCGCAUCUUGAACGCCGCGGGUCCGAGCGUCGACGGGUCCACGGCUCGUUUGGCACGCGAGACGGCGCCGGCGGCGUUGUCUCCGCGCGCGUCCAUCGCCGACGCCGCGCCGGCCGACGACGACGCGGAGGGGCGAGUGGACCCCACGACGACGACGACGAGGGAUGCAGAUGCAGAUGGGGAUGAGGACGCGAAGGAACCGCCGGCGUGGCCGCUUCACCUCUUCGCGCGCAUGGAAGGAUGCGAGUACGUCUACUGCGGCCGCCUGCGCGCGCUCGAGCACGACCCGAGGAAGGUUCCGAUGAAGUUUACGUUCCGACUGCUGGACGCGCCGCUGCUGCGGCGCAGCGACGACUUUUUAGUUCUACACCCUAAACCUCCCUAA